AUGUGCCGAAAAGUAACCCACCACAAAGGCUGCGGCCACGUCACCGCGAAGUUCCAGCACCGCCCUUGCAAACAUGGCAGCUUUUGUCCCCGCAUUGUCCAAGAACUGAGCGCCGACGAUCGUUGCGUCGGGUGCCUAGAAGACGCUGAAACGAUCAUCGAACGUCCUAUCAGACCUAUUCGAGACUACCAACCCCGCCCAAGUACCGACCCAAACAACAAAGAAGAGAAGACCCGUAAAGGGGGAUUCACCGAGAAUGACGAGGACAUUCGUGCAGAACAAGAGUUCCGACGUCAAGAGAGCGAAUGGUUCAGACGUUAUACGGUGGAUUCCCUCUUUGACGAAGCGAGCUUGACGGCUCAGUAUAUGGAUCAACGAACCGUUGAAGUGAAGGAUUCAAGAAAGAGAAGAGCCGAAAGAGCUGAUAAUCGUCAUUCAAGGACUUCUGGGGCGAGCUCUGGAGACGUUCACGAGGCGGAUUCGUUCCAGUGGGUUCCUAAAAAGUGGUGGAAGAACAUUUGGAAAUGGAGGACCAGACCAGCGAUGUUUAUCGAUGGAGAAAAUGGUCAUAGCGCUCUCUGCGGAUGUUGUCGCCAUCGUCGAGUGGAUUUCGAUGAGUUCGCGCUUGCAUAUUGCCCUCGCGGCUAA